AUGGCCUUGCUGAAUGGCUUCAGCAGAGAGGAAUACCCGAAUGGUGACUCCUAUGAAGGCCAGUUCAAGCGCGGAGCUCGCCAUGGGCCUGGCACCUACUACUGCGCAGAUGGCGGCUACUAUGAGGGCGAGUUCCACGAAGGAAUGAUGCAAGGCACUGGCACGUUCUACUAUCCCCGCAAAGAAAGCUACGAGGGGCAGUGGCUGAGAAGCAAGCGCGAUGGCUAUGGCAAGUUCUCGUAUCAGGAUGGUGCCGAAUAUGAGGGACGGUGGAUCGCUGAUUUGAGGCACGGCCAGGGCUUGAUGAAGUACCCAGAUGGAUCAGCCUACAACGGAAGCUGGGUUGACGACAUGCGCCACGGACAGGGGCAAAUGAGCUUCGGCGACGGAGCUCAGUACAGUGGCGGCUGGCUGAAUGAUGCUCGCCAUGGUUUCGGCUCAUACAGGUUGCCAAAUGGCAGCUGCUAUGACGGUGAGUUCAAAGCAGAUAUACCAGAGGGCAAGGGUCGCCUUCAUGACGCUGAUGAGCAGAGCGACUACGUGGGCGAAUUCCAUGAAGGAUUGAGGUCAGGUCAGGGGAAGUGUACAUAUGAGAUGACUGGAGAAAAAUUCUCUGGCGAGUGGAAAGGUGGCGUUAGAGUGCGAGGGAUAAUGUUCCUGCAGUCUGGCGAAGUCGAGAAAGUGGGCUACCUCAACGACAAGGUCGUGAGAAGAGAGAAGCUUAGCCAAGCGGAGCAGGAGCGUCUACUGGUGGAAGAGAAUGGGGACGCAGCGAUCGUCAACAAGGAGCCGGUGUCCGAUGAGCUUAUGGACGUCCUGCCAGUGGAUCAGGUCGCUUCUCUAGGACCAGGUCCUGCUGAAGCGAUCUCCGCAUGA